ACGUGCACCUUCUGGUGGUCACAGUCACAGUCACAGUGAAACCAGUACGAAAUGUUUCGUCCGAUUGUCGCUGCCCUCCUCGUGAACCUGGCACUGCUUCAGAUCGCUUCUGCCGUCGACGUUUCCAAGUACAAGAACAUUCGUUUGGAGUUCAACGAUAAGGAUGCCGUGCCCAAGCAGAGACUGUUUGGCGUAGGCGAAGAACGUGGACGUGGAUUCAUUGGAGACAUAGUAGUGGGCCCAAGGUUGGACGGCGAGUAUGUUUUCCGUCGACAGGUUGAUUUCAAUAACCCGACAGAUGAAGUUGAAACCAGCGUCCUGAACUUAUCCGUAUCUCGUGGAAACAUCCACCAUAUAAGUGCGCGGAACGGUCCUAACAGUUUCGCCGUUGUUUGCAUCAAUUCAAGCAACGCCGGUUCACCAGGAUCGAGCGUCAGCAUUCGACUUGCACCGCAGUCGAGGGCUUCGUUAACUUUGACUGUUGCAGUAAAAUAGUCGAGUGUACCACGAUUCAUAAGCACUUCUCGAAUUAAACUUAAUUGAACGGGUUAGAUAACAUCUUAACCCUGUUUACGCAAACCUUGAUGACUUCGAGACCACGUUCGCUUCAUAUAUCACGCUGAUCAUGCAUACUGUACCACGAAAUAUGACGAUGUUUACGAUCUUUGGUCCAUUGAAAAUGGAACAGGGAAUCCCCAAUUGUAUUUCCAUUAUAAACUACCGUAGUUACUUAAGGCUUUAUUAUUGAAACAAAUACAUAUCGCAUUGUUCCUCA